UCCUUUCCACCAAACCGUGAUCACUUCCCGUCAGACUGCAAAGAUGGCGGUUGAACAGCAUUGAAUCUUGUCUGUAAUAAGCAAUUAAAACGCGGGUAUUUGCGACUUUUUUAUGGGGCGAAGUCGCCGAGCCCCUACUAAAUAACUAUUUUGCGCGAAAUGGUGUAGAAUACGUGUAAGAUUGGUACCAGUUCAAAGUUAUUGCGAGUCGAUAGUUUUACAUUUUUUCGGUCUCCAUCCGUGGAGCUUGCGUUAUUUUAAAAUGGCUCCGGUGCAGAUUGGAUCAGAUGGGCAACUGGUCCCUAUCGGGGGUCCCACCUCGGUCACCCAGCCGCCACCUCCCGGACCCCCGGCCACCCAAGGGGUCCGGCUGAGCCUGCUGAUUGAGUUUCUCCUGCAGAGGACCUACCAUGAAAUCACCCUGUUGGGUGAACUUCUUCCCAGAAAAACAGACAUGGAAAGAAAAAUCGAGAUUGUCCAGUUUUCCAGUCGGACCAGACAGCUGUUUGUGCGUCUCCUUGCCCUAGUGAAAUGGGCCAGCAACGCCGGGAAGGUGGAGAAGUGUGCGAUGAUCUCCAGCUUUCUGGACCAGCAGGCCUUCCUAUUUGUGGACACGGCUGAUAGGCUGGCAUCGCUAGCAAGGGACGCCCUGGUGCACGCCCGCCUGCCCAGCUUUGCCAUCCCGUUCGCAAUCGACGUGCUCACCACCGGGUCAUACCCUCGCCUGCCCACCUGCAUACGGGACAAGAUCAUUCCUCCAGACCCCAUCACUAAGGUGGAGAAGCAGACAACCCUGAACCAGCUCAAUCAAAUCCUUCGACAUCGUCUUGUCACGACAGACCUACCACCCCAGCUAGCCAACCUCACCGUGGCUAAUGGGCGUGUAAAGUUCCGUGUGGAGGGGGAGUUUGAGGCCACACUGACGGUGAUGGGUGAUGACCCAGAUAUUCCCUGGAGACUGUUGAAGCUGGAGAUACUGGUGGAGGACAAGGAGACUGGAGAUGGCAGAGCUCUGGUCCACAGUAUGCAAGUGAACUUCAUCCAUGAGCUGGUGCAGUCACGCCUGUUUGCAGAUGAGAAACCACUGCAGGAUAUGUACAGCUGCCUGCACUCAUUCUGUCUGUCUCUUCAGCUGGAGGUCCUCCACUCCCAGACCCUCAUGCUGGUCCGAGAGCGCUGGGGAGACCUGGUGCAGGUGGAGCGCUACAUGCCUGCCAAGUGCCUCACACUGGCCGUCUGGAACCAACAGGUCCUGGGAAGGAAGACGGGCACUGCGUCGGUCCACAAAGUCACCAUCAAGAUUGACGAAUCGGACUGCUCCAAGCCUCUGCAGAUUUCCCAUGAUCCUCCACUCCCUGCCUGCGACUCUAGACUGAUGGAGAGAGCCAUGAAGAUUGACCACUUGUCAGUGGAGAAGCUUUUGAUUGACAGCGUGCACGCCCGCUCCCAUCAGAAGCUUCAGGAGCUGAAAGCCAUCUUGAAGAGCAGCAACCCCAGCGACAGCUCGUUCAUAGAGACAGCUCUGCCCACCCUGGUCAUUCCAAUCCUGGAGCCCUGUGGACGCUCCGAGUGCCUGCACAUCUUUGUAGACCUGCACUCAGGGAUGUUCCAGCCCAUGCUGUAUGGAAUUGAUCAGUCCAUAUUGGACGACAUCGAGAAGACCAUCAACGAUGACAUGAAGCGCAUCAUAUCCUGGCUGCAGCAGCUCAAGUUUUGGUUAGGGGAGCAGAGGUGUAGACAGUCGGUGAAACACCUCCCCACUGUCUGCACAGACAUACUACACCUCUCCAACUCCAUCUCCCACCCUGCCGGCAGCCUAUCAAAACACAGGCUCUUCAUCCGGCUAACCCGCCUGCCACAGUAUUAUAUUGUGGUGGAGAUGCUUGAUGUGCCUGGCUGUCCCACGGAGCUUCAGUACAAGUACUCCUUCCUUUCUGUGUCUCAGUUGGAAGGUGAGGAGGGACCUCCAUGCGCCCAGCUCCUUCAGCACUUCAAACCCAACCUGGAGCAGCUCGUCCUGGACAAUUGCGCCAGCCGUGGGGCCCGCCAUGGCGCUAAGAGAAAAUUGUCAGGAGACCAGGGGGCUCUGGAGCCCAAGAAGCCAAAGCGCUCAGGGGAGAUGUCUGCCUUCAACAAGGAGCUGGCUCACCUAGUGGCCAUGUGUGACACCAACAUGCCCUUCAUAGGCCUCAGAGUGGAGUUAUCUCAGAUGGAGAUUCCUCACCAGGGUGUGCAGGUGGAGGGAGACGGAUGCAGUCAUGCCAUCCGCAUCCUCAAGAUCCCUCCCAGUAAGGGCGUAGGGGAGGAGACGAGGCAGGCACUGGAGCGCUCUCUACUGGACUGCACCUUCCGUCUGCAGGGUCGGAACAACCGUACCUGGGUCGGGGAGCUGGUUCUGGCCAACUGCCCGCUCAACAGCACACACAGCAAGGAACAAGCCUCUACGCGCCACGUGUACCUAACCUAUGAGAACCCUCUGUCUGAGCCUGUGGGAGGGAGGAAGUUGGUGGAGAUGUUCCUCAACGACUGGAGCGCCAUCAGCCAGCUUUACCAGUGUGUCCUGGUGUUCUCACGAUCACUACCAGAGAUGCCAUCCUACCUGAGUCUGUUCAGUGAGAUCCGGUUGUAUAACUACCGCAAACUGGUUUUGUGCUACGGCAGCACCAAGGGCAGCUCGGUGACCAUCCAGUGGAACAGUAGCACCCAGAGGUUUCAUCUCUCUCUGGGGACAGUAGGACCCAACUCAGGCUGUAGUAACUGUCACAACAUUAUACUGCAUCAACUGCAGGAGAUGUUCAACAAGACCCCUACUGUGGUCCAGCUACUACAGGUGCUGUCGGACACCCAGGCCCCUCUGAAUGCCAUCAACAAGCUGCCCACAGUGCCCAUGCUGGGGUUAACGCAGCGCACCAACACAGCCUACCAGUGUUUCUCCAUCCUACCCCAGUCACCCACACACAUCCGCUUGGCCUUCCGCAACAUGUACUGCAUCGACAUCUACUGCCGCAGCCGCGGGGUGGUGGCCAUACGAGACGGGGCCUACAGCCUCUUCGACAACACCAAGAUCGUGGAGGGCUUUUACCCUGCCCCGGGACUCAAGACGUUCCUCAACAUGUUUGUUGACAGUAACCAGGAUGCUCGGCGACGCUCUGUCAACGAAGACGACAACCCGCCCUCGCCCGUGGGCGGUGACAUAAUGGACACCCUCAUGAGCCAAUUUCAGGCCCAGCAGCAGCAGACAAUGAGAGGGGGUCCUGGGGGGGUGUACCCUCCCCUCACCUCCCCGCCCACCCCUUACCAUCCCAACGUGGCACCCUCGCCAUCCAUGAUGCCCACACAGUCCCCAGGGACCAUCCAUGCGUCGGGCUCCCCUAGCGGAGCAUUGAGGGCUCCCUCUCCCUUUGGGCCCACCCCUUCUCCCUCCUCUCUUGGCAUAGCUAUGGGCCCAACCAGCUUUGCCAGCCCGCAUGGUGCUCUGGACCCCAGCUCCCCUUAUGCCAUGGUGUCUCCCAGCCAGAGGGGCCAGUGGCCAGGCUCUCCCCAGGUAUCAGGGCCAUCUCCUGGGGCUCGUAUCCAUGGCAUGUCCCCUGGAAACCCUUCACUCCACUCACCCAUCCCCGACGCCUCACACUCCCCACGCACUGGCUCGAGUUCCGGGGCCAUACCCAGCAGUAUGCCCCCGCCCCGUAAGCUACCUCAGCGUUCCUGGGCUGCCUCCAUCCCCACCAUCCUCACCCACAAUGCCUUGCACGUGUUGCUGCUGCCCUCGCCCACACCCUGCCUGGUGCCGGGCCUGGCAGGCAGUUACCUCUGCUCGCCGCUGGAGCGCUUCCUGGGCUCAGUCAUCAUGAGACGCCACCUGCAGAGGAUCAUCCAACUAGAACCCAACCUGUCCAUCGUGAACUCUAAUGAGCCAGGUGUGAUCAUGUUCAAGACAGAGGUGUUGAAGUGUCGCGUGGCGCUCAACCCAAAGACCUACCAGACCUUGCAGCUCAAAGUCACCCCCGAGAAUGCCGGACCCUGGUCACAGGAGGAGCUACAGGUCUUGGAGAAGUUCUUCGAGACCCGGGUGGCCGGCCCUCCGUUCAAGUACAACACGUUGAAUGCCUUCACCAAGCUGCUUGGGGCCCCCACCAACAUCCUCAGGGACUGUGUCCGCAUCAUGAAGCUCGAACUGUUCCCUGACCAGGCCACCCAGUUGAAAUGGAAUGUCCAGUUCUGUCUGACCAUCCCCCCCAGUGCCCCUCCCAUCGCCCCUCCAGGAACUAUUGCGGUGGUGCUCAAGUCCAAGAUGCUCUUUUUCCUCCAGUUGACCCAGAGGCUGCCGGUGCCCCAGGAGCCGGUGAACAUCAUUGUUCCCAUCGUAUACGACAUGGCCACGGGCCUGACCCAGCAGGCAGACAUCCCGAGACAACACUCCUCCUCUGGGGCUGCAGCGCUCAUGGUCUCCAACAUCCUCAAGCGAUUCAAUGAGCUGCACCCCGCACGACAGGGUGAGUGCACUAUCUUUGCCUCAGUUCACGAGCUCAUGGUCAACCUUAACCUGCCCCCUGGUGGUCGCCAGUAGCAGCUGCACCUCCCUGGUCAGAAAUGGAACGAGAACCAGAACCCAAACUCAAUGCUUUUCCAUUCUCAAACAGGGAUACGUUCCUUUCCGGAGUCUAGUGAACUAGAGACGAAGUGUGCCCGCUGGAUUUCCUAAUGCAACAUAUCUCCUCUCUGCCUCAGCCAACUGACUUAAAACUGAUUUUUUUUGUUUGUUGAAAAAAGGGAGCAGAAUUAUGCAGAAGAUGGUUUAUUCUUGAUAGAACACAUGACUCCAAUUAAGGAGCGUAUCUUGAAAGAGAGAAGUUUUCGAUAUAAAAAUAACUUCAAAGGCUGCUUUUACACAGGCUGCCUAAUUCUGAUAUUCUUUUCCAGUAAUUGGUCUUUUGACCAAUCACAUCCGAUCAUUUUCAGAGCUGAUCUGAUUGGUCAAAAGACCAAUUUGUGAAAAAUAUAUAAUAAUUGGGCUGUGUAAAUGCAGCCAAAAAUAAAUAUUUUUGUCUUUCUCCAGAUGCACUUCUUUUCAAAUGAUUCAGAAAUUAAGAAUAUGGGUGUUUACCUAAAUAUGUACAUUGUUGUAUAUUUCAGCAUUGAAAAGAAUAAUAAGCCAGUUGGAUAAGUAAGACUUUUACUAGUGUGAGACUUCACAUUCUUUCUUUUUUUAUAAUCCAAGAUAUCAAUACUGUUGUGGUAUUGGGGAUGUAUUCUUUCUUAAUAAACUAUUUAAAUGUAUUUUUCCCUGAUUGAUGUCAAGACCUAGUCCCUUUUUAGUUCAAAUGUGUCACUUUGAAAUACUGUUAAACUGUGACAAACUUUAUAAGCCAGCUGUAUUUUAUUAUGACUGCUUUUGAGUCCUGAAUGAAGAAUCGAAGACCCAUUGUCUGGCUUUGAUUACUAUUUAAUAAACCAGUCAAAAACGUGA